GGCCUUCACUGCACAGGCUUCUCUUCUUGCUGCUUAUCAACUUCUCGCCCUCCCGCCACCUGCGCGUCCCUCCACCGGUCCCGGAGUCCCCUGGCGCUCUGUCCGCCAUGCGGCGCCUGCUUCUGGCCCCAGGUGGGCCCUGGCGGGGCAGUUUCCGUCGCUUACCUGCCUGCAGUGGCUGCAACCCAGCGCUGCUGCUGCUGCUGCUGCUGUUCCAGGGCAGCUGCCUGGGGGUCUCCGGGGCGGCAGCGAGCUCUCGGAGACCCAAUGUGGUGCUCCUUCUCACAGACGACCAGGACGAAGUGCUCGGCGGCAUGACACCCCUGAAGAAAACCAAGGCCCUCAUUGGAGAGAUGGGGAUGACUUUCUCCAGUGCAUAUGUGCCGACUGCUCUUUGCUGCCCCAGCCGAGCCAGUAUCCUGACGGGGAAGUACCCACAUAAUCAUCACGUUGUUAACAACACCUUAGAGGGAAACUGCAGUAGUAACUCUUGGCAGAAGAUCCAAGAACCAAAUACUUUCCCAGCAAUCCUCAGUUCAGUGUGUGGUUAUCAAACCUUUUUUGCAGGGAAAUACCUAAAUGAGUAUGGAGCCCCUGGCGCAGGUGGACUAGAACACGUUCCUCUCGGCUGGAGUUACUGGUAUGCCUUGGAGAAGAAUUCUAAAUACUACAAUUAUACCCUCUCUAUCAAUGGGAAGGCACGGAAGCAUGGUGAAAACUACAGUGUGGACUACCUGACAGAUGUUUUGAACAAGCACUGGUUAAUUAGGCAAGCCAAGACCCCAAUGAGUAAUUCUUCAAUACAGUUUUUAGAUAAUGCAUUUAGGGGAAGGUGGCAAACUCUACUCUCAGUUGAUGACCUUGUGGAGAAACUGAUAAAGAGAUUGGAGUUCAAUGGGGAGCUCAACAACACUUACAUCUUUUAUACAUCAGACAAUGGCUAUCACACAGGACAGUUUUCUUUGCCAAUAGACAAAAGACAGCUGUAUGAGUUUGAUAUCAAAGUCCCACUGCUGGUUCGAGGACCUGGGAUCAAACCAAAUCAGACAAGCAAGAUGCUUGUUGCCAACAUUGACUUGGGACCUACUAUCUUGGACAUCGCUGGCUAUGAUCUGAAUAGGACACAGAUGGACGGGAUGUCUUUCUUGCCCAUAUUGAGAGGAGCUAGUAAUGUGACCUGGCGAUCAGAUAUCCUGGUGGAGUAUCAAGGAGAAGGCCAUAAUGUCUCCGACCCAACAUGUCCUUCUGUGGGUCCUGGAGUAUCCCAAUGUUUCCCAGACUGCGUAUGUGAAGAUUCUUAUAACAACACAUAUGCUUGUGUGAGGACAACAUCAGCAUUGUGGAAUUUACAGUAUUGCGAGUUUGAUGACCAGGAGGUGUUCGUGGAAGUCUAUAAUCUGACUGCAGACCCAGACCAAAUCACUAACAUUGCUAAAACUAUAGAUCCAGAGCUCUUAGGAAAGAUGAACUAUCGGUUAAUGAUGUUACAGUCCUGUUCUGGACCAACCUGUCGCACUCCAGGGGUUUUUGACCCUGGGUACAGAUUUGACCCCCGUCUCAUGUUCAGCAGCCAUGGCAGUGUCAGGACUCGAAGGUUUUCUAAACAUCCUCUGUAGCAACCUUGCGCAGCCUCCGCAGUUGGAUCCCUGCACACCUCUUUCUGAUGAAGUGAUUGUAGUAGGUGUCUGUAGCUAGUCUUCAAGACCACACUUGGAAAAGUUUCUGGCUCUUUUUUUAAGUCCUAUUUGAAAAAGCAGCCCAAUCAGCUGACUUCCUCGUGCAAUGUGUUAAACUGUGAACUCUGCCGAUUUGCGGGGAGUGGCUUUUCUUGGUCCCUCCAUUCAGCUAAUAAUGAACACUCCUGAGGUCUUUGUUCUCACCAUACCUUUUCUGUCCCAGGGCCACCAUUCUUAAUCCUACCCUGUGUGGUCAGAGUCUGCAUUUGGAAUCUACUCAGAUAAAUGGCAGUACUUUAGGGCAGAAAGACUGUUUUUGGUAUACAGCUUGACCCAAACGCAAGGGACUUACAGAGCACCUCAGAUUGAGCACUUCACUAUCAAAAAUACUAAUAUGGCUUGAAAAAUAACCAUCAGAGAUGAUUAAGAGCAAGCACCAUUGUUUUUAGAUUAGUGGAAUGUAUUGGGUACAUUUCCUACCUGUACAUCACAAUGUGAUAAGGUUGCAAAUUCAAAAUACGCCAGCCCAGCUUUGUUCAUUUUUUUGGAAUUCUGGGCUGGUGUUACAGUGAAAUAGAGCAGUAAGCAUUUGGUAAAGGCUCAUUCCAGGUAACUCUUGAAGGUGGGAACCACCUACUUUGCAGUGGCUGCUAACCACAUAGAAUGCCAAUUAACAGCAGGAAUAUUGAAGGCAUGUCUCUUCCUUUAAUACUUUCCUUUUGAGAUCUGAGAAAAGGCGACUUAGGUACAUCAGUAUGGGGGGAAAAAAAGAUAGUGUCUUCUGAGGGCCUUCUAUAGACAGUACUCUCAGGUUUAUAGGUUAAAGGCCUGCACUUGGGAUGAACUAAGUGCCUGUCCAGCAGGGUGCCUGGCAGCUGGGUUUCAAUCCUGCGUGUGUAGUUGUUUGGACUCUUUCUGCAUCUUGCUGUCAUUCUGUUCUUUAUAAAAAUUUCUUACAGUUGAUGCAAAAUACUAACUACUGUUGAGCUUGGAGAACCCUAUGUUCUCCCCUUUCAGUUAAGUUCUUCCUAAGUAUGUAGAGUCUUCGGCCCCCAUUCAGUAUUCCUGUCAAAGUCAGAUCUGUGUAGGUUUCCUCUCUGUUUAGGACACCUUAGCUCAAAGACCAGUCCCGUUUCUACUGUUUUCUUCACCAGAAGGUUAACUGUGGUAGAGCAGCAGGGAAGGGGGAAGAGUUGUGAUUUAUAACCUAUUAGACUCAGGCAAUAAGUGAUUUUAGCUUUAUUUAAGGUCUUAUGUUGAGCUUUAAGCACUCUGUUCGUAAGACAUGGCCACGAGUUAACUAUGCUACCAGAACUUUAGCCAUUGAGUUUAUUCCUUUACCUCGUGUGAGCCCAGCAACUGUGGGGGUAUCUAGAGGUGAAAUAAGCAAGCAAAAUGAACACCUCUGCUAUGAAUCUUUUAGGGAAAGAAAUUCUAAAAAUUCUGUAACUAAAAGCAGACUAUAAUGUUGAAUAUGGGUAUCGGCUUUGUUCUCUACUUUGAUUCUUAAUAUUAUAAAUCAGCGUCAACAUUAAUGAAGGUUGACCAUAGUUAUUCCCAAAUAAAAAGAAACCAACUUUUA